AUGGUAGCCUCCGCACAGAGUUCCCCGGCCCCGAAUAUCUGGCUCGUCGUGUAUACUACUACGGUAGUCGAUCUAGUCCACUAUAGUCAGGAACUGCCCACCACCUUUGCGUUUCUCAUCUCUCGACUCAUCAUCGUCAGAAUGAGGACACGCUGGAUAUUCACGGUCGCAUUACUCGUAGCCCCUUUGGCGCUUGGAUCGAUACCAGCGACGAAGCUAAUUAUCGACACGGAUCUGUUUAGUGAUGUUGACGACGCAGCCGCUCUUUUGGUGCCGUGUGACCAUCCAAUGGCCACGCCAAUAGGCGUCAUGAUCAAUUAUCCGUCCAGUUAUAGUGCCUUGGCGGCCUCCAGUAUUCUCGGGUACUAUGGCUACUCUGACGUUCCAGUUGCCCUCAAACAACCGUUUUCCAAUGAUACUUUCCUCGACACCUGGUCAUACCAACUUGGGGAAUAUGCAAGCAAAGUCGCAUACAACUGGCGACAUACUGCAUCGAUGCCAUGGGGAGACGUAAGUAGUGCGUGGGAUCCCGUCGAGCUGUAUCGCAAGCUCUUAUCUGAAGCGGGUGAUCACAGUGUGACAAUUGCCAGUAUCGGGUUCCUCGACAACCUCUCUGAGCUUCUUUCAUCCCCCGGGGAUACAUACUCUUCGCUCUCAGGGCAUGGCCUGGUGAAGGCGAAAGUGAAAGAACUCGUCAUCAUGGGCGGAGCAUACCCGUGCGGAUAUGAGUACAAUUUCUACGGCAGCAAUGCUUCUGCAACUGCUCAUGUAGUAAACACUUGGCCGGGGCCCAUGACAUUCUCUGGUGGUGAACUUGGGGCGACCGUCUACUCGGGGGCGCGGUUGACCGUAGAGGGCCCUGUCAGUGAUCCAGUCAACGCAGCUUACCGGUGGUACACCGGAUACAACAUAUCUCGGAGCUCAUGGGAUCCCCUUACCGUGUUAUAUGCCAUCGACGGAUUAAGUAACAUAAAUGAAUGGUUGCCAGACAGCCCUUUGUAUCCACAGAAAUACCUGAAGCUGCGAAUGUCUGAAGAAGAAGCUGGUGAACUUUUGGAUAAUAUUUACCUUGAUACGGCGACAAGAGCUGCAAGGUGA